AAAGAAACUUUCCUGGUGAUCAUUAUCUCCCUUAUUUGAAUACAUUUAACAUUAGACCUAAAAAGUUGAGAUCUAUGAAGAAUGUUUAAGUGCCUAUUACAACUCCAACCAUACCUUACACAUUGAAGAAAAAGAAAGAGAGAAGAAAAAUGAAGCAUGGGCGUAAAAACAAAACUUCACUGAAAUGGUAGUGGAAAUUGGAAGUAACAAGUACGACGUGACUUUCACUCAAGCUUCCACAACUGCUUCAGCAAAUUAGUAAAAAGGGCUGGCAACUAGAAAGUCCUGUGCUCGGUUCUUUCUGGAUAUAUUGCGAAUUGCGAUAACUUCUCCAUUUCUGGGGGAAACGGAGUAGUAGGAUGGGGAUGGGGAUGGGGAUGGGGGUGGCGAGGGAUGAGAUAGAUAAAAUCUCAGAACCUUCCGUCACAGUUUUCAAGGGAGGCGUGGGGUCGGCGACCAAAUGGCGGAUGAUGCACAUAAUAGUAGCCCUGGGAAUUUGGCUUGGCGGUAUUCAUCUCAAUUUUGCUCUAGGCCUCAUAUCCCUCUUCUACCUCUCCCUGUCCAAAGCCCUCUUGGUUUUCGCUUUACUUUUGAUAUUAGUGUUAAUUCCUGUCGACCAUAAAAGCAAAUACGGCCGCGUAUUGGCUAGAUAUAUAUGUCAAAAUGCUUGCAGCUAUUUUCCAGUUACUCUACAUGUUGAGGAUAUACAUGCGUUUGAUACCAAUCGUGCUUAUGUUUUUGGUUAUGAGCCACAUUCAGUUUUACCUAUUGGUGUUGUUGCGUUGGCCGACCUUACUGGUUUCAUGCCUCUCAAAAAAUUGAAAGUCCUUGCAAGUUCUGCUGUGUUUUAUACUCCGUUUUUGAGGCACAUAUGGACAUGGAUGGGCCUAACGCCAGCGACAAGGAAAAAUUUUAUCUCCCUCUUGGCAGCUGGCUAUAGUUGCAUCAUUGUGCCUGGUGGAGUACAAGAGACAUUUCAUAUGGAGCAUAAUUCGGAGACUGUCUUCCUCAAGACAAGACGAGGAUUUGUUCGUAUAGCGAUGGAGAUGGGUACACCACUGGUCCCAGUUUUCUGCUUUGGUCAGUCAAGUGUCUAUCAAUGGUGGAAACCUGGUGGUAAGUUUUUCCUCCAAUUUUCAAGAGCAAUCAAGUUCACACCAAUUGUCUUCUGGGGAGUUUUUGGAUCGCCUCUUCCUUAUAGGCGGCAGAUGCAUGUGGUGGUGGGAAGACCCAUUGAGGUGAAGAAAAAUCCAAAUCCAACGAGUGAUGAGGUGCUUGAUUUACACGGUCGGUUUGUUGAAGCACUCGAAAGUAUGUUUGAAAGGUAUAAAGGACAGCUUGGCUAUGAUGAUCUGCAGUUAAAUGUCCUUUGAUUAAAGGUUGAGAGAUUUAUUUGGUCCAACUUCAAUCAAUCCUGUACUCAUCUCUUGUAUUCAAGAAUAUCUGUAGCAAUGAUCGGAGUGCCCAUUAUUAUACAUUCGAGAUCUUUUGGCAAAUGAUGUGGGGUCCAGCAGAAUAGAAAACCAGGGUUUUAAAUCUUUGAGAAUAAUACACUUAAAUGGAAUUCGAAUUCAGUUAUGAAAUGUUGUAGGAUAAACCAACCCUUGUUGAAUUAGAAAUGAUGAUCAUAAGAUGGUUCGAUUAAUAAUUUAAUCUUUAAUAUUUUGUA